AAAAUAUAUCUUUCUUUUACAAACAUCACAAAAUCAUUCAUUCAAAGAAGAAAAAUGGGAUCGAAAAAAUGUGAAGUAUGUGAUGAAGCAAAGUCCAAAUACAAGUGUCCCAAUUGCUUCAUACCUUAUUGUUCUUCGGUAUGUUUCAAGAAGCAUAAAGAAAUUCCAUGUGUUAAACCGGAACCGGAACCUGCUUCUGAAGAAAAGCUUGCUUCUGCUCAGGCACUGCAUGUAGACAAUCCAAUCUAUGUUGAUGAGCCUAGCGAGGCACUGAAUCAGUCGCAGCUAGAGUCUAUAGCUUCUUCCACUGAAAUUCUUGAGGCUAUAAGGAACAAAGAGCUUCAAAAACUCAUAUGCAACCUGGAUUCUUCUUUGGAUGCAGAGAAUGAACUUGACAAGGCAAUGGAAAAGGAAGAAUUUCGCAUAUUCAGUGAAAAGAUUUUGUCUAUAAUUAGUCAAUGAAGACUUCAACAGGAUGCUAUAACAAAGGAAGGUCCUUCAAUUCAGAAACUAUCACUAUGUCGUUGGAGGUAUCUACCAAGAAGAUUUUGCUAGAAUGUUACAUUUUAUUUCCCUUAUGAAAGGAUUUUAUAGAGUUAUAAAAAUAGUUCUAUUGUAAUAAUUACAAAUUAGUGAUGUCUUACUCUAGUAGUUGGCCAGUGUUAGACUGGCACUCUUGUUUCUCUUACACUACAAAAUUUGGUUGUGAGAAAGCACUCGUGGUCGAUCCACGUUGUAAUCAUCCUGCAAACACACACAAAUUGAAUCAAUCCCAAGUUUAUGCUGUUUAAUCUGAAA